CCCCUCCCUCCUUCUUCCUGUUGCCCACACUAGCCAUGGCGGCCAUGAGUUUAUUGCAGCGGGUUUCCGUCACCGCGGUGGCCGCGGUAAGUAGCCGCCGCCUCGGCCCUCGACUUGGAUUUGGAGGCCUCCUCACCCGUGGCUUCCCGAAGACCAUAGCUCCUGUUCGACACAGUGGUGGAGACCAUGGAAAGAGACUGUUUAUCAUCAAACCUUCUGGAUACUAUGACAAGCGUUUUUUGAGUUUACUGAGAUUCUACAUAUUGUUGACUGGGAUUCCAGUAGCAAUUGGUAUAACUCUGGUGAAUAUAUUUAUUGGUGAGGCGGAGUUAGCAGAAAUUCCAGAAGGGUAUAUCCCAGAACACUGGGAGUAUUACAAGCAUCCUAUAUCAAGAUGGAUUGCCCGUACUUUCUAUGAUCCUCCUGAAAAGAACUAUGAAAAAACAAUGGCUAUCCUUCAGAUUGAAGCUGAAAAGGCUGAAUUACGGUUAAAGGAGCUAAAAGUGCGAGAACUAAUGCGUAAGAGAGGGGAUGGACCCUGGUAUCAGUACCCAACCAUAGAUAAGGAACUUAUCGAUCAUUCUCCAAAAGCUACUCCUGACCAUUAAGCUUUGAUGCACCAACUACAAAGUGUAUUCUCGAUAGGGAAAAAAUAAGUUAAUAAAUAUAGUCUGUAUUUUUGCUUUAUAGGAUGAAUAAAAUUUCAUCUUCCAAUAAGCUGU